UACUGUGCGUGCCCACUCUUAGCAACGUUUUUAGUCUGUGGUGAAUAAUUCUCUUGCUUUCGGCGCAUAGAUUAUAGGUUUUUUCGCGAGUAACUCGAAAAUCAAAUUACAAAGAAUAUUUUUUGGACUAUUUUAUUGUAUAUUUAUUCUAAUUACAUAGAAAGAGAAUAUAACACCACUUUAGAUUACAUACUUAUUUAUUUCAUAUAAAGUAAAUAGAAACGUGAAUCAUCAUAAUGGCGAGCCGUGGUGGUGGAGGCAAAAAAGAAGCGGUAGUUAAGGACCCGGAGGAACAAAUGAGGAAGAAAUUUCGAGCAAAAUGUUUAUUCCGUGCAUUAGGACGGUUAGUGAUGGCCAAUGCGUACUGGCUUAUAGAAGCAGUGGAUCAUUAUGAAGGCGUGGAAGAUGUGAAACGAAGAGUCCAACAAGCUGUCCGUGGAAAGGCUAAAAAGAAACAACUACUCACGAUUACUGACAAAGCCCUUUUGAAUAAACCCGCAGACGAACGUACGGAACAAGAGAAAAAAUAUAUUUAUCGAAUUAUUGGCGGUCUUAAAUGUUUUAAGCGUUAUCCUAAUCAUGUGAAAAAGAAGCUAGCUGCCGUAACAUAUUUCAAAUAUUAUGGGCCGGGUCGCGCCAUAGUUCGUCAACAUCACGAGGCCCACGCUUUAUACUUUAUAGUCGCUGGUGACGUCAUUGUCAGCCAGAUGAUUUUCGAUGAGCUUUUACAGCAAUACGUGUCUAUCGAAGUAGGUUCUAUGCAUUCCGGAGAUAUGUUCGGGGAAGUUUCUUUAUUGCACAACAUACCCAGGACUGCCACAGUAACGACAGUCGGUCACUGCGAACUGUUGGCAUUAAUGAAAGAGGAUUUCAAGAACAUUCUGCAGGCCUCUGUGCAGAAACAGUGGGAUGAAGUUAUGCGGGCUAUGUCGGCCUUUACUUAUUUUGAUGCUCUUGACGAGGUGGCUCGUCGCGAAGGUUGUAUAGUCGCGAAGAUGAAAUCUUAUGAGCCAACGGAGACAUUGCUCGGAGACGGCGUGGGCAUCGCCAAUUUCGUCUACUUUAUACUGUCGGGCCGCUGUCAAAUGAUUGAGACGAUGCAAGUGAUCAUCACAAAGCAUUUGGGGCACAGCUUUUACAAGUUAUAUGAUCCUUACGUACCGAAAGAAGAAAGCGAACAAGACUUCGACACUAAAUAUUUUGGCGCUUACAAGAAUCUGAAAGACAGCAAAGAAAGCCACGGCUCAAUGUCUGGAGAGUUGUCAUCUCAGAUGAAAGAUAGCAUGACGAGGGAAACUUCUAAAGGUCGAGGCAGUAUUUUAAAGAUGCCAAGUUCUGUAAAGCAGAUGCGUCACUCUGGAAGUAUGAAGCGAGAAAGUGUGCAAAUAGUGGUGGAAAACGAUGACACUAAAAGAGCAAGUGCUGCAAGUACCGGCAGUCACGCAAUGGGGGAACGCUCUGGAUCCUUGAAGUCGCAGGUUUUGUUGCAUCCAUCAGAUCAGACUAGAGAAUCUGUCAGAUUAAGCGUGGUUCCCGAAGGACUUGGAGCCCAGCGCCCGCCAGCGAACCUCCAUACUUAUUUUAUGCAGGUGUGUCAAUUUAACCCCGGCUCGAGUUUUGGUUUUGGUGAGAACAUGCGCGACAGACGCAUCGUGGCGCUCACGCCGGUCGACUGCAUGCUGCUGCCGAAAAUAUGGUUGAUGCAGAGAAAUACAGCCAAUAUCUGGACACGUAUACAACACUAUCUGGAAAAAAAGAUUCCCACAAAGAAGCAGCUCUUUAAGAGUUUCACGGAGGAACGUCGCUGGCGCGAGUUCCGCGAUCAGGUAGUGGACGACGUGGUCGCGCGCUCCAACACCGUCAACUGGACCUCACUGCACGAUGUGCCUUACUCCAUCCGCAUGGACGAAAUGCUCGAUAUUUGAUUACAUAAAAAAAUAUAGUCAUUAAAUUUACAGCAAUUAAUGUUUUAAUGUAAAAAGACAAUAAAUUUUGUU